UUUUGUGGUCACAGACUGAUAGACAGUUGUUUACGACACUUGGAUUCUGGGGUGAGUUCGUUCCUUUUAUUUUUCUUUUGGGUUUUUGUGUCACUCUAUGAUUAAGCCAUCAUAUAUCUGUGCUGAGAGUGACCGCCCUUGACAAGGAGAGUUAUCCUACUCACUCUUACUUGUGCGUCGCCCUACUUCUCCCAGUGAUCCUAUUAGGUAUUAGUGUGCUGUAUACAUACCAGAUACAGUAUUAUUUUUUUUUCAUUUGUGUGUGUUAGCAAGCUUGUUUACUUGCAUUUACUUUAACCUACUCUUAUGUUUUAGUGCUACACUGUUGUGUUAUACCUAUUCUUUAUCUUAGGAUAAAGCACUUUGGUUUAUUUUUGUUUUAUUUGUUACACUAAAGUGUUAACACCAGUUACAGUUGAUUGAUAUUUGAUAAGGCUAAGGUAUUGUUACAGCCUACUGUCACUGUACUUUGUUGAUUGUUGCCUAUGCAACCUUGAUUGACACAUAGUACUGUUGCGCAACUUAGUGUAUUUUAGUGAGGACGUUUUGUGUAGUAUAUACGUAGUGUAUAGUACUUUGUUUUGGCUUCAGUGGUAACUGUAUAGCCUUAGUGUAAACUAGUGUAGUCUAGUAUUCCCUCACGUUUGUUUAACUAGUGUCUCAGGUUGUUAUAGUAGCUGUUGUACUGUAGUGUUAUAUAGUGUUAACGUAGUGUAAUCAUGACUAGUGUAGUAGAGCUAACGAAGGUAGGAAAAGAGUUAGGUUAUGAAGGAGAGGAGUUACGUAACUUUGUUAAGGAAGAGCAGGCUAGGGAACGUGAGGAAAGACAUAGUAGAUUAGAAGCAGAGAAAGAUAGGUUAGAAGCAGAGAGAGAAAGAGAUAGGGAAAGAUUAGAGUUAGAAGCUAGGUUGCAGAAGGAAAAGAUAGAAUAUGAACGUAAGUUAGAACAGGAUAAGUUAGAAAUGGAAAAGGAUAAGUUAAUGUUAGCUAGAAAGUUAGAAACAGAGAAGGAGGAAGCAGAAAGUAGGAAAUUAGAAACAGAGCAUAAGUUUAAGACAGACUUAGAAAAGAUGAGUAAGAAAAAGGUAAAGGUUAAGAUGUCUCCCUUUGAUGAGAAAAUUGAUUCCAUGGAUGCGUACUUGAAUGUGUACGAAACGUACGCUGUUGCGCAGGAUUGGGAUAAAGAGAUAUGGUCACUUAACUUACCGUUCCUUCUAAAGGGUACGGCAAGAGAGGUUUUUGAUAGGCUUCCGUUGGAAGAUAGGAAGGAUUAUGAUAAACUGAAAGCCGCUUUGCUACGUCAGUUCGAACUCACUGACGAUGGCUAUAAGAAAAAGUUUAGAACUGAGAGGCCUCGGGAUAAUGAGACCUCUGUGAUGUUUCUAGCCAGAAUAAGUAGAUAUUUAGAUGGUUGGCUUAGAUUGAGUAAGGUAGAGAAAACAUACGAAGGAUUGUUAGAUUUUAUUCUUAGGGACCAAUUUUUAGAUGUAUGUAAUAAAGAACUAUACCAGAAUUUGAGUAGUAAGAGGUUAGUUAAAGCUUAG